AUGGCUUCCAAAGUCGUCACCGGCGUGGUCAAGACCACUGCAGGCGGCGUUGUGCCUGUCGGCCAGAAAUACACCGUCCAAUCCGUCGGCAUCUGGGACCGCAUCCGCCGCGCCUUCGCCAUCGACCCCAACCGCUCCAACGGCAUUCCUUUGAACCCCUACAAUCGCAUCCCAGCUCCGGGCUCCCUCGACCCCCUUUCGUACGACGACCCCGUCACCUAUCCAGCCGGCGACAUCGCCGACAACCCGUACUGGAAGCGUGACGCGCGGCGCAACUACCCGCGCCUGUCCAUCGUGGGCCAGGCCGAGGCCGUUGCCUUGCUGAGCGUCGGCAGCGCGAGCCACCCCCGCAUGGAGCUGGUGGGCGAGAGCGGGAGCAAGCAGCUUGUUGCGGCGCAGGAGGCCGGAAAGCAGGGAGGGUUGGCCAAGUACUUUGAGGGCAACGGGGUGGAGGCUGGGAAGCUGGUGCUUGCUGAGACGGGAGGUCUGCCGCCGCUGCCGAGUGGUGAGAGGUUGACGCAGGAGGGAAAGUGGGAUGUGCAUAAGUAUCAGUUGGCUGAGGAGCCUUCUUAUUCUGAGGCCUACCCUUGCAGGUCGUUCUCCUGA